CGAGGGAGAAUAGAAUGUGAAGUAACAUUUGGAGGAAAAACUGAAGUCUGUUGUGUGGUACAUGUAUAUUGAAGGACACAAACUGAGUUGUGUUCGUGUGUUAUGUUGUUGUGUUCAUCUUUCGCUUGUUGUCAACAUAAACGUCACACACAGCAGCAAACCAUGGCUUGCGUGUACAAGAAUCCCAACGAGGCCAUUGAAGUUCGUGUGAAGGAUCUUCUUUCCCGCAUGACUCUCAGGGAGAAGAUUGGUCAGAUGACCCAAAUUGAGCGUACUGUUGCUAACGAUUAUGCCAUUCGGGAUCUUUCCAUUGGGAGCAUACUGAGUUCUGGAGGCAGCUCACCUUUUGAAAAUGCACAGUCGUCUGAUUGGGCUGAUAUGGUGGAUGGCUUUCAAAAACUGGCUCUACAGUCUCGACUGGGGAUACCACUUCUCUAUGGGAUUGAUGCAGUUCAUGGUAAUAACAGCGUCUAUGGUGCUACCAUAUUUCCUCACAAUGUUGGUCUUGGAGCUACUAGGGACUGUGAUUUAGUUCGAAGAAUUGGAGCUGCUACUGCACUGGAAGUUAAAGCAAGUGGAAUUCACUAUACUUUUGCUCCAUGUGUGGCGGUUCUCAAAGAUCCUAGAUGGGGAAGAUGCUAUGAAUCUUAUAGUGAGGAUACUGAAAUAGUUAGAAAGAUGACUUCCAUUGUAUCAGGUUUGCAAGGCCAGCCUCCAGAAGGACAUAAACAUGGAUACCCUUUUGUAGCUGGAAAGAACAAUGUUGUUGCAUGUGCCAAGCAUUUUGUUGGGGAUGGAGGUACUCAUAAAGGUGUGAACGAGGGAAAUACUAUAAUACCUUAUGAAGACUUGGAGCGAAUUCACAUGGCACCUUACUUAGACUGCAUUUCUCAGGGAGUUUCAACCAUUAUGGUCUCCUAUUCUAGCUGGAAUGGACGCAAACUCCAUGCUGAUCGUUUUCUUAUAACUGAAAUCUUGAAGGACAAGUUAGGUUUUAAGGGAUUUGUGAUUUCUGACUGGGAGGGACUUGACAGACUUUGCCAGCCUCACGGGUCAGAUUACCGGUUCUGCAUCUCCUCUGCAGUCAAUGCUGGAAUUGACAUGGUGAUGGUGGCUUUAAGAUACAAACUUUUCAUUGAAGAGUUGACCUCUCUAGUUAAAACAGGGGAAGUACCUCUAAGCAGAAUUGAUGAUGCUGUUGAGCGAAUUUUGAGAGUAAAGUUCGCUGCUGGGCUUUUUGAAUUUCCUUUUAGUGACAGAUCUCUGUUAGAUACAGUUGGUAGCAAGCCACAUAGAGAUCUUGCACGUGAAGCAGUUCAGAAGUCUCUGGUUUUGUUGAAAAAUGGGAAAUAUCAUAACAAACCUUUUCUUCCAUUGAACAAGAAUGCUAAGAGAAUCCUUGUUGCCGGAACACAUGCGGAUGAUCUUGGAUAUCAAUGUGGUGGUUGGACUAAAACUUGGUAUGGAAUGAGCGGGCGAAUCACAGUUGGGACAACAAUUUUAGAUGCUGUGAAGGCAAGUGUGGGAGCUGAAACAGAAGUUAUAUAUGAGAAACAUCCAUCAAAGGCCACCAUAGAACUCAACGAAUUCUCUUUUGCAAUUGUAGCUGUUGGUGAACCAACAUAUGCUGAGACCUUAGGUGACAAUUCAGAGCUUAGAAUCCCCUUAAAUGGAGCUGAUAUCAUAAGCCUAGUUGCUGACAGAAUCCCAACUCUGGUUAUUCUGAUAUCUGGAAGGCCUUUAUUAUUAGAGCCAUGGCUAUUGGAAAAGAUUGAUGCUCUUGUUGCUGCUUGGUUGCCAGGCAGUGAAGGGGAAGGAAUCACAGAUGUUAUCUUUGGCAGCCAUGAUUUCAAAGGUAAAUUACCAGUGAAUUGGCUCAGAAGAGUUGAACAGCUUGAUCAGCCAAGUGAUGGAGUUAAUUCAUGUGAACCAUUAUUUCCUCUUGGUUUUGGUCUGACAUAUCAUUAGAAGAGUUAACAUGAACAAGUGCCAUCUGAAGCACCCUAAGAUAUAUAUAUAUAUAUAUAUAUAGCCAAGGACUUGAUAAAGGCA